AUGAGCAUCGACCGCUGCUGGGAGCUCUUUCGAGUUGCCCAGCCCAUGAAGGGCACGCAGAUGUCUCCCACCAGAGCCACUGUGAGCUCGACGAAUGUCGUGGAUCUGGGGCUGGGGCUUGCGGGCCGGGGUCUAGAGCCAGGGCUCGAUCCGGGUUUCAGGCCUUCGAAACCACACGCUCCUCUUGUGAGCCAGUUCACAUCCAAAUUGCGCAACAAGAUUAUGCUUCGGCGUGACUAUGAGGCUCUUGAGUCGAUUCUCGCCGAGUUUGAGCAGAACAAGGACUGGAUCUCAGAGUUUGUGCAAAAAGGAGGUCUGGAGCUGCUGGCGAUCAACGUGGGCGAACUCAGACCCGGCCAGGCCGAGUGGCUAGACCUUGAGUUUCUGGCAUUGACUUGUAUCAAGCAUAUUGUCUCCUGUUGCAGCGACACUAUUGAAAGGAUGAAUUACGACGUGAUAACCCUGAUAGUGUCGUCUUUGAUCUCUUCUAGCGUGGUAACGCGGAACCUGACGACUGGCAUGCUGACGCUGGUGAUUGCGCAUCGAGCGUCGAGCGCCAAACAAAUUCUGAACGCAAUAGCAAAAACUAUCGGCAUUGAAUCGUGGAUAUCUGCUGCGUGCUCCAUGGUGAGCGAGCUAUGGGCCGAUCGCAGCCAACCGGCUGCUUUUCCGUCAAGUCCCGCAUAUCUUGCGAACGAAUACGCUUUACUAACCACGUUUCUGGUGUUGUCUGUGGUGACGGCCACCAAAAACGUGCGACGCCAUUUGGAACGGCACGGCCUUCUGUCUUUUUUCGAGCAAGCUCGAAAACUGAACAACAACGCGAUCAACGACCUAAUACGAAACUAUUUCGAGCACGAGGACGAUUUUAGCGACACUUCGCAGCCUGUAUAUUUUGAUACUCCUAGUCUGGAGCGUCACGCUCGUGAGAUCGUGCGCUCGCUGUCGUUUCUGAGCCAGACAAAACCACCACACGAGGCAGAACGCUAUUUCCGUCUAAUCAGCCUUCUGGUGAGCCACAUAAGCCAGAUGAAGAGCAUUGGCGAUGAGAACCUGUCGUUUUCGAUCCAGCUAGUUCUGGAUCGCCUCAGCUCAGACGAAGUUGCAAUGCGCGCGACGACCGAGUCGCGCCAUGCCUUGAAACUGUUGAGAGAGUAUAAAAAGGAAAUCAGCUCUCUGCAGCACGAAAUAGAGACGCUGCGCAAAAUGCGCCGUCCAUUGGUGAGGAUCAAUGGGACGGAAAAUCGGGGUAAAGGCGAGAUCACCAAAGCUGGCCAAAGACUAGAAAGCUCCGCAGCAAAGGAAAAUGGAAAUUUGCUCACACCUUCCACGAAUGGCUCCGUCACGGCUUCCAGCUCAAGCCCUUCCAGAGCAAACAGCUCUAAUGGCAGCUACUUUGAGCCGUAUGAUGAUUACAAAAUUAGCGCACUGGAACAGCCAUCAAACACCAAUCCUGUUCUAACUCCGCCAGAUAGCAUUGCUCCCCCAUUGCCGCCGUUCCUUCAAAAAGGAUCUGCUACCAUGGGUGCACCGCCACCACCGCCACCACCGCCACCACCGGCAUUCCUGAUACCUGCUCCCGAUCCUCCACCGCCUCCUUCCUUCCUUAAGCCUGCCGCAGCAGGGCCCCCUGUGCCGCCGCCGCUUCCUAAAUUGGCCACUUCCGAUUCGCAGAAGCUAGGAAAACGAAAGGACGACACGCCGAAACCGGUGCUACGAAGACCAACGUCCAAGUUAAAACAGGUGCAUUGGGACAAGCUGGACGACGUGUCCAACACGAUCUGGAAAACUGUGGAUGACACGGCUCUGGCGUGGAAGCUGGAGGAGCUGGGCAUUCUGGACGAUCUGGAGAGCCAGUUCUACGCUGUAGAGACCAAAGCAUUCAAGCCCAGAGCUGUGGUAGCCAAGAACACUAAACGGAGUUUUUUGUCACGUGACUUGCAACAGCAGUUUGGAAUCAAUUUGUACCAGUUCAACGGGCUUUCCGAGAUGGACUUUGUGGCCAAAGUGCUCCGAUGCGAUCGCAACCUGGUGCAGAACUCGAGUUUGGUGGACUUUUUUUGCAACGACACGCUGACGGAGGUCUCGCCUAACCUGAUGCGUGAUUUUGCGCCAUACUCAACAGACUACAUCCAGAACCACAAGCCCCAGAAGGACCCAGCAGAGCUUGACCGUCUGGACAGAAUAUAUCUGGAGCUGUGCUUCAAUUUGCGCCAUUACUGGACUGCAAGGUCCAAAUGCGUUUCAGUGUGCUACAACUACGAACGCGAUCUCGCGGACCUGGGCCGCGACCUGCAAGUGUUGGAGACUGCCGUGGAGGAAGUCCGUGAGUCCAGGUCCUUAGUUCAGGUUCUGUACAUCAUCAAAGGUUUGGGCAAUUUUAUGAACGACGCGUCGAAAGCGGCCAACGGGUUUAAGCUCAGCACGCUUCAAAGACUCAAAUAUUUAAAGGACGCGAAAAAUGCCACCACUCUGCUCAACUACAUUGAGAAAGUGAUCAGAACGCGUUUCAGCGAGUACUCGAAUUUUGCAGACGAGAUCGGCGCCGUCCACAAGGCCCAUAACGUCUCGAUAGAUACUCUUGCGAGCGAAUUUAGAGAGCUGAUGCGGAGCGUCGAGUUUUGCAGCAAGGCGCUCACGGACGGGUGUUUGAGCGACCCCACAAGGCUGCACCCAGACGACCGAAUUGUUAGCUUUGCCAAGUCGCGGAUCGCUGUGGCACAGACCAAAAUAAAAGAAUUCGACACGAAGCUAACGAGCGUUAUCGGCAGUUUUGACGAGCUGAUGGAAAAAUUCGGAGAACGUGUUAGAGACGAAAGCGCGCGCAGCUCAUUCUUUUCCAAGUUCAAACUGUUUGUGGACGAUUACAAGAAAGCCCAGGCUGACAACGCCCGUUUGGAAGAGGAAGAACGAGCGUACGAAAAACGGAAGCGCAUGAUGGAGGAUUUCAAGAAAAGCAAGUGCGAGCAGGAGCAGCCGCAGGACAAUCUGAUAGAAUCGCUGCUGGACCAGUUGCGCACACAGAAACCGACCACCAGGGCGCCGCCGGUGCCUUUACAGGUGCCCGAGCACGCGGAGACGCAGGAUAUCAGUGCCAAGGCGUUGCAAAUAUUGCAGAAUCUCCCCCGGCUCGACGACGUGCCCGAGCUGCCGCCCUCCACGCCGCCGCGGCAGACGCCGUCCACACAGGGCUCGCCGGACAAGCUGAGCAUGAUUCCAUACCUCAUCACAGAAACCCUGAGCCCGAGCAAGGGGAAAGACAACUGA